UUAUCCAGAACACUGACUACGAUCGAUCUGAUAUGCGCCGUAUAUUGCUGGCGUCGACACUUGUCUCAGUCGAGAAUUGUCACGUGAUAUGAAACUAGUCUUUUACCUGAUGCGCUUUGCCCAACACCAGGAACUAACUCAAAUUCGUGGUAUACACAUGACUCUUCGCCAUUUACUGAUUCUCGCCGAAAUGACUGUGAGGUAUCGCGUCUUCUGAGUCCCCUGAAGAUGCAUAAUGGGCAAGUAACGUAGCAAAAGUUUCCUUUCUCCAAUUCACCAAAUUCUUAAUCACCAUAUUCAGUCCUCCUCAUCAGAACGCCCUAACAUCUUCUACCACACCGACACCAGAGCUGUCGUGAGUCAUGUUCUCAGUCAUGUUGCCACAACACGAGAGUCGGACCAUCACAAAGCAACGCUACUCGGCCUUUACCAAAAGAGCCGCCCAAAUGAAGCGAUCGCGGGAGUCGGACCUGGCCGCAGUGAAAAGACGGUCCAAACAAGCUGUCUACGAGGAGAUGAAACACACACCGUCUACUACGAGUGGCCGUGCGCUCUUCACGCACUACACCGACCCAAACGCAGCACCCGAGGACCAACACAACUUCAAGCGGAGAAAGAUAUCGCUCACCACCUUCAUCCAAGUCUUCAAGGACGAAGCAAAUUUGUCGUCGGAGAUGGGAAGUGUGUUUGAAGCCUAUGCCAAGCUGUCCAUCAAAUGCCAUACAAGAGCCAACCCUGCAGCUCGUAGCAACGUCUGCAAAACCUGGCACAGUGCAGGCGCAGAGCCUGACUAUUUCUCACUCAAGGCUAUGGUAUCUAUGAUGGCUAGUAAAACGGCUGCCGGACGUCCUGAAGUCAGGUGCGAACAUGAUAACUUCUUCUUUCGCAGAACUCAGAAGCUGCGACGUGAGUACAAACGCGAUGCUGAGAAAUUGGCUGCAAUGUUUUCUGAAACAAGAGAUGAUUCUGUUUCGGCAUGGUCAGAGUUGGAUUAG